AUGAAAGAUAACACCCCAGGUAAUGCAGAAGAGGAGAAGAAAAAAAAUGAGAAGAACCAUUCGUCAGAAGGUGAAUCUAGUGAUUCCAGUUUUGGUCCAUCCCCCAUAGAAGUAAGAAACAAUCGGUAUGAAGACGUUUCAGAAGAUGCUUCUGAAGAUGCAAUCGAAAAUAACAAUGGGGACGCCCAUCAUAUCGAGGAGAAUAGCAACUGUGAUCCCAGUGUCGAUAGCUAUGACGAGAGGAGGAAGGCAAAGUACGCGAAUAACAAUACUGAAGGUGGAAAGGACAUCCAAAGGGAAGAAAAAAAACAGGGUGCUCCAAGUAAGAGAAGAAUAGAAAAAGUGAGAAAAAUCAAGAAAAAAAAAAAAAUAAACAAUGAUAUAUAUUUAAAUAACAUUCCAACAAACAGACAUUACCAAGUGAGUUACAUGCAUACAGAUAUUGUUACUCAAGUUGUUGUAAGCAAUAAGAAGAAAUACAUAGUGACAGGAAGUGCAAACGGAGUAAUCAAAUUUUGGUAUAAAAAUGUAGGAUCCAUCGAAUUUGUAAAACAUUUCAAAAUUCAUUCGAAUGAAAUAAUAUGCUUAUUCAUUUCUGAAGAUGAGGAAGUUUUGGGAAGUUUAUCAAAAGACAAAACAUAUAAACAAUUUGAUGUUAGCAGCUUUGACAUGAACAUAAUAAUAAAAUUAGAUUUUUCACCCCAAACAGGAGAAUUUGUUUAUUCAUCUCUGUUUGCAACAUCUGUAAAAGUGGCUAUAUCGUCUAGCGAGAAAUCUUGUAUACACAUUUACAAACCCUUAGAAAGUGACAUAUGCUUGCAAGUAAUAAAUUUAAAUUCGAACAUUAUUGAAAUUAUAAAGUAUAAUAAAACAUAUGAUCUUUGUGUACUCAGUGAUAAUAGUGGGCUCCUUGACAUAGUAGAUGUAGAAACUUUUCAUUUUCCCAAAUGUGAAGAUCAUAUGUAUAAGAAUAAAGACAACCUUACUUGGGAAGAUAAAAACAGGGACGAAGAUAGUUUUACAUACAGUAUGCGAAACAGUAUAGAAAAAAAACGGAUUGGUUUUUCUUUCAAAAGUGAAACAGAUUUAUAUGAAUUAUGCAAAUAUAAAACGUAUGCCUUAUGUGUUAACAUUAGUUUGGAUGGAGAAUUUAUGGCUAUUUUAUCAGAAAAUUAUUUUGUACGAAUAUAUAAAUUUAGAACUAUGAAAUUAUAUAGAGUUUAUGAUGAAAGUACAGAGAUGUAUUUAACAGCCCAAAAUGAUCCUCUAAAAAAAGAGCUACAUAUAGAUAGUCUAGAUUUUGGAAAAAGACUUUUUAUCGAAAAGGAAAUAAAAAAACAUAUCAAAAAUCAAAAUAUAAAAUUAAAUAUGAUUGUAUUUGAUGAAUCAAAUCAGUAUAUCAUAUAUUCAACAUUCAUUGGUAUAAAGGUUGUCAAUUUUAUCACAAAUCAGUUAUGUUACAUAAUUGGAAAAAAUGAAAUGAAUUUACGUUAUUUAUCCCUUGGCUUGUAUCAAAAAAUUAUACCAAUUAACAAAAUUAGGACAAAUAUUAACGAAUCGUUAUAUAUUAAUGAUAAAAAUAUUUCCGAUUGUGCUUUAUUCUGUACCGUAUAUAAAAAAAAUCGAUUUUAUGUAUUCACAAAAAAAGAUAUGAGUGAACAAGAAUUAGAUGACAGAGAUAUUUAUAAUGAACAACCAAAUAAAAAUGACUUAAAUUCUUUCAUAUCAUCACCUUUAAAAAAUUUAGAGAAUAAUACAAAAACGUAUAAAAGUGCAAUUAUUUACACAACUAUGGGAGAAAUACAUAUUACUCUUUUUUACAAGGAAUGUAAAAAAACGGUGCAAAAUUUCUCUCUUCAUUCAAUAAAUGGAUAUUAUAAUAAUUGUAUAUUUCAUCGUGUUAUCAAAAAUUUCAUGAUUCAAACUGGUGACCCAUUGGGCGAUGGAACAGGUGGAGAAAGUGUUUGGGGAAAUCAAUUUGAAGAUGAAUUUUUUGAUCAUCUCAAUCAUUCCAAACCAUUUAUGGUAUCUAUGGCAAAUUGUGGACCAAAUACAAAUGGUUCCCAGUUUUUCAUAACCACAGUUCCUUGUCCUUGGCUUGAUUUUAAGCACACAGUUUUUGGGAAAGUAAUUCAGGGGACAAAAGUAGUUUUGGAUAUAGAAAAGGUGCGAACUGACAAAAGGGACAAACCCUUGGAGGACAUCAAAAUUUUGAAUAUCAAAAUUUGUCAUUAG